AUGAGAAUGCCGAUGCCUCCGGUUACGACGACCACGGCCGCACCAGAUACCACGACUACCCUUGAUAACCAAGCCGGCACAGAUGCAACCACCACAACAGGCACCGAAGCAACCACCACGACAGGGACUACUACUACUGUCUGCUCGAUGUGCCCUGAUAUGACAAUCACGGCCCCUGCCUCAGCAACAUACAACUUCGACACAAACGGCUGCAGAGUAGCGACACUCUCUGGAUGCGCGACAUACAGAACCCAGGUUGGUAUCACAAGAACACCACUUUCCAGCCCGGUGACCUGUAAGGAAACAGCCUCUGCUCCGAGAUGGUACACCGCAUCGAUCCAAAACUCCGCAACUGUGCAGUGCGCUAGU